AUGGAGAAAUCAAGCCGAGUCAAUGACUCGGUCAUCGAACUGACACAAGCAUCAGGCUCAGAGCACUCCAACCGAUCGUUCAAUGCGGCCGCGAGCACCGAGCAUCUUCCAACGCCAACAUGGCCACAAGAACCAGUUCCCCUGGUCCCUGACAGGAAAGUGUCCAUUCUCAUGGCCAUAUUUGAUGCGUCCUUGUUACUUGUGCCCUUUGUUUUAUUCACCAAGAUCGGCCUAGUGAUUGGAGCAUGGUACAUCGACCGAGGUCACCGUGGAAGUGGUGUCGACCUUGUCAGCAAGUUGACUCUUUUCUUGCUAGAAUUCAAUGGUCAGAUGGUUACAGCGUUCACCAUCAUCUUUGUCACUAUUAUGUCGACCCUCGUACGCAGGUACGCACUCUGGAAGGCACAAGAAGGCGCAUACGUCUCAGAGCUCGAACAGCUCCAAGGAAGCAUUAGCUUGCCCAGCACAUUCAAGCUCAUUAUCUCCCUACGUGCUUUCACACUUACCAGCGUCGCCCUGGUUUCCGUCUGGUCUUUCUACUACUUGGGGAGUCAGGCGUGUAAGCGAGAGUUUCAAAAGGUCUCUUCAGCCAACUUCCAUACAAUGGCCGGUUAUACUGGAGGCCCAGAUUAUGUAUCAGGUUUUAGCCCUGCCUUCGUCGACCAGGAGGACAGCCCACUUUUCCGUAUUGAAUAUGUCAAUUCUGAUUUCAAUUACGCCCAGGCAUGGGGUACUCCCACUGGUGAUCAAUCAUCCCGAUAUGGCACCGAUUCAGCCGGCUCUGCACUACUUCCGGACCUGAAUGCCAUUCUUCGAACAGGAUACCGCACCGAUCCCAAUAGCUACGACACCCACAUUCCGAAGGCGGAUCGACACGGCUGGGUGGACGUUUCUCGACAAUCACUGCUGUAUGAUGGGCAAUUCUAUUCAUCCUUUGUCGGAAACUUGGUGUACUUUCGGAAGCGUAACAUUGGUGGCAGUGGCAAUCAUGCCUUUCAAACCAAUGGAUUUCUUGGGGACUAUACCAUGCAGACAAGCUAUCUCGAUGUUGGCUGCGAUGUACCAACCAUUCUACCUUUCGAAUCCUUUCCCAACGGCACAUAUCUCAAACAAUCGAUCAGUCUGAACAUGACCGAACUACGAGAUGAUGCCCCUCGGGACAUGAAUUCUCAACCUUUGCGAGAAUUCGAACUUUGGCUCCGCUGGCCCGUCGUCGAUUAUAAUCAGAUCCCUACCCCCGGAAGCUCGCGACAGAUAUGCAAUAUCUCAACCGUGAAUGUGGAGAUCAAGAUCCACUGUCAAGACCAAGGUUGCUACCCACGACAGAUGCGUUAUGCAAACCAUACCAGCCGUCAGAAUGCCACUUCCUACAGUACUCCUUUCGAUGAUGAUGUCUUCGCAGGCAACUUCUUCACAAACAUUUUGCUAGCAAAUGGCGUACAGACAGACUUGAUACAGCCCACUACUAUCGGCUGGAACAUAGGUUCAGGACUUCAGGCUUCACUGGGCUCCACGACCUACAGCACUCCCUACGACGCUGAUGAAGCCAACCUCUUCAACACAACCAUCACCCGCUACUUCAACAGCUACUACAUGGUCAGCCAGCAGGAAACAGGAGUGAACCCCAUCUACGGCGGAGCCGGAUUUCUCGAGGUUUCGGUAGACGGCGCCUUUUACGAUCCCCAUUACGCCGUUUCCUGGCCCUGGAUCGCCGUCGACAUUGUCUCGUGUCUCAUUCUUUUCGUCGCAUCCGUCAUCGCAUGCUCUCUGCGCGUAAAGACUCUCGCGCCAGAUAUCUUCGGCUAUGUCUCGAGUCUGACGAGAGACAACCAAUACCUCCAGGUGCCAGACAACGGCACUACACUAAGCGGCAUUCAGCGGGCGAGGUUGCUCAAGGGCGUUAAAGUCAAGAUCGGUGAUGUCUCGGCGCCUCAUGAGCAGGUUGGCAGAGUCGGUCUCGCUCAGGUUGGCUCUGGCGUGCCUGUUCAGGUAGCUAAUUUGCAGCCGACGACGACGUACCUUUGA